AUCUUUCACGAACAGACUGGAAAGAUGCACUACAAAUGCGGUGGAUCCAUCAUCGACGAGAACACCAUUCUUACAGCUUCUCAUUGUGUGUAUACCCAAAGCGGUGUGAUUUCGAUAUCGCGAGUGUCGGUGGAUGUGGGACGAAUUCAUCUAAACGAAUCAAGCGAAUACACGCAGACGCACCGUGUGCGAGAGAUAAUAGUUCAUCCGGGAUUUAGCAAAAACAGUAUCGUCAACGAUAUUGCUCUGAUCAAGCUGAGUUCGAACAUCACGAUGAACAAGUACGUGCAACCGGUCUGUCUGUGGACCAUGGACAGCAAUCAGGAGUUGAUCGUGGGUAGAAACGGAACCAUCGUUGGAUUCGGAUACAACGAACAGGACAUUGUGUCGGAUCAGCUGAAACAGGCAUUGAUUGGUGUGGAGGAUCCGUUGAGUUGCAUUGCAAGCGAUCGGUGGGUGUUUGGAACUCACCUGACGUCGGACAUGUUUUGUGGUAAAGGGCAGAAGGGUGUGAGUGCGUGCAAUGGAGAUAGCGGCGGCGGAAUGUUCUUCGAGAUCGGUGGUAAAUGGUUCGUGAGGGGUCUGGUGUCGUUUACUCCAGCACGCUUAAGUACAGCACUGUGCGAUCCGCUGAAGAACACGGCUUACACGGAUGUGGCCAAGUAUCUGGACUGGAUUAAACCGUACAUUGAUGAGCGAGUGCUUACGUAUGGGAGUGAUUUGUUCGAUGUAGACUAUGUGGAGAAACUACGAUUAUUCAACUUCCAAACUUGCGGUUUGAAGUCACCUGUUUAUGCUAAAAAUGGUACUGGUUGGACACUGCCGUGGAUUGGUUUGGUCAUACCACUUGGUGAAGCUUCAUAUAAGUGUGUUGUUACACUAAUAAGCGAGUGGUACGCGGUUGGGCCAGCACAUUGUUUCGAAAACGAUGGUGUCAAGUAAGUAUAGUUGUAUUGUUGGUCAAGGUACUAAUGAAAUAUUAAUUCGUCGAUGUAGGUCGACCGUUGUACUAGGUUUCGCAUUUGAGUCGUCGAGCAUAGAAUGUUUUGAAAGUCAUGGGUCCGCCGUCUGUACACAUCCAGUACAAAUGAGAAAAAUUCAAAGAAUCAUAGUACACCCGAAGUUCAACAUUAACAAUUCUACGGACAAUAUCGUACUGAUCGAGUUGUUGAGCCCGGCAGACACCACACAACCGAAUGUGAAGCCCAUCUGCCUACCUGUAACAUCCGAGCUUCGAACGAGAGAACCGAGUAGCUUAAGUGUGCCAUCAAAGUUUGGGAGAACAAUCGAACUUAAAAGCAUACCCGUGCGCUACUUGGAGGCUGCCGAGUGUAUGCGACAGUACACUCAACGGCAGAUUGUGCUUGAGUUGGGAAACAAACGGAUCUGUGCAGAACUGGUGAACAAGCAGGAUUCGCUUACCUGUAGAGCGCUGGAAGCGGGUGCCCCGCUCCAGAAAACGAAGACAUUCAAUGGUACGCAGCGACACUUUCUGUGGGGGUUUGAGCUACAUGGGUCGGCCUGUAAUGUGCAUCCACCGCCCGUGUACAUCGAUAUCGAAGCUUAUCUUGACUGGAUACUGUACAACAUGAGGUACAACGUGCUAGAAACAGCAGAUUCGGAUAAAAUCACAAUAACCAAAGAAUUGCUCGAAUCCGAGUGGAGCAAGCUGCAGCAGCAGCCGGGAAAGGAAAGGUUACGUCUUUUCAAUAUGGACACCUGCGGCAUAGUCAGUCCCCAUUAUCAGAUAAAUAAUGCAAUGCCCAUUAUGCCCUGGAUUGGUUAUUUAAAGGUUGCAGAAAAUAGCACCGGUGACUUUCCAUCUACAAGGAGCAUGGUAGUGCUCAUAAGCGAAUGGUAUGCUCUGGCCCCCAAACGCAGUUUACAAAACGGUGUCACAUGGUAAGUACCAUUGCGGGGAGUGCAAGUACUAAAUUUUUUAUGGGGCUUUUUUCAUCGUUUUAGGCGUCAUCUUAUCCUAGGCAAGCAUACUGGAGAUGAUCCUUGCUUUCCUACCAAGUG